AUGGGGUUGAGGAACACCACGGCGACCAUCGUCGAGAGCCUGAGGACUGUGGAAGGGCAGCUGGUGCGCGUGGAGGUCCUCGUCCUCCUCAGCAACCUCCUCCUGGUCCUCCUCGUCGUGCUGAGCCCCUACCGUCACCGGCGCGGCGACAAGUCCUUCCGCUUCCUCAUCUGGGCGGUCUACACGCUCGCCACCGUCCUCGUCCCCUACACCAUUGGUCUGCUGGAGGCCGGCCCGUUCCACGACCAGACCUUCGUCCUGUGGGGCGCCGGCCUCCUGGUGCAGGCGGGCGCCGACUCCCUCUCCGCCUACAACCUGCGCGACGUCGAGCAGUGGAAGCGGACGCUGCUGCAGCAGGGGCUGCAGAUCGUGCUGCUGCUGUGGCUGAUGGUCCGCUGCGAGGGCCGGAACAGGUGCUACAGCGCCACCAUCUGGAUCUUCUGGAUCCUGAGCAUCGCCAAGGCCCACGCCAAGUUCCAGGCGCUGAGGGAGGCGAGCAGGACGGACGGCCUCAUGAAGCACACCAAGGUGGUCGCCGACUACAUGAUGACCGAGCACGAGUCGGGCCAUGUCUUCGACGCCGCCACCAUGGAAGGAUACAGGUACAUAUUCCACGGGGAAGACCUCACGCUGCCGUACUUCUCCAAGCCGGACUACAGGACGGCCAUCGCCGCGUGCGCGUUCACCACGGUCGACACCGUCUGGCAGUGGAUCGACAGCCAGAGCGUGUCUGUCUUCAGCAGGGAGCACGGCGGCAUCCUCAAGGACAUCGCUCUGUCCUUCACUCUGUUCAAGCUGCUCAAGCGGAGGUUCGCCAAGUACGAGCACGGCGAGGCCGGUCGUCCCAAGACGCGGCGGCUCGUCGUGUCUGGGCUCCUCCGGGAAGAGGCUGACUACAGCCGUGCCUUCCGGGUGAUCGAGAUGGAGCUCGCGUUCCUGUACGACUUCUUCUACACGAGGCACCAGUCGCACACCCAGUACGUCGGAAUGACGGUGGUGUUUGUGUUCCCCGUGAUUGUUUGGAACGCCAUCUCCGGAGCUUUCAGCAGACACUACCACCGGACCAGCUUGGAGCAGACUGUCAAUGGGAUAGAUGUCAUUCACUGCAUCACCGUCGUGUUGAUGGUGAUUGUUGUCGUCGUGCUGGUCGUGGAAUCGCGCAUCGACGACCAAAAGUGGAGGGUGGUCGACGAUCUGCAUACCCUGACCGGCGCGAGCAAAAUCACCUGGAAGGGAGAAGCCGUUCCGUUAGACGACGGCAGCAGGAAGAAGGCGAUGAAACUGAUCAAGAAAAGGAAGCAUCGGAAGCUGACAGGCAGGAACUGGGACAGGAAGCUGGGGCAGUACUCGCUGUUACGCAACUUCGACUACCACCCGAGGAAUGUAGCCUCGAUUCUGUCACUCGGCUUGAUCGAGCCAACCAGGGACGGGCAGAAGGCUUCGAAGAAGAUGGGCGCGCAGCGCCUCGCCGUCGCCGGGAACGACGCGACCCGGCUCACGUGGGCGUGCGAGUUGCCCUCGCAUGUCCACACGGUCCUGGUGUGGCACAUCGGGACGACCAUCUGUGAGAUGACGACGCCGCAGCAGCUGCCGCUCACCGGCGACCGCCUCGUGGCCAAGUGCCUGUCGGAGUACUGCGCCUACCUGGUGGCGUUCGUUCCGGACAUGCUGCCGGGGCACGGCUACGACACGACGCGUAUCUUCAACGCUGUGGUCAUGGAGGCUCGGGACUACCUCGCCGGGUGCGACACCAUGAGAGCCAGGUGUGUCAAGCUUCUAGAGCUGCAGUGCAAUGAGCUGACAAUAUUGGGGAUGGGAGCAAAGCUUGGGAGUGAGCUCAGGUACAGAGUUCACGACAGGGCGCGGCGGUGGAAGGUGCUUGCAGACUUCUGGGCGGAGUUCGUCCUCUUCCUCGCGCCGUCAAGUGACGCCGACAUCCACGCAGAGAAGCUCGCGGCCGGCGGGGAGUUCAUGACCCAUUUGUGGACCCUGCUCAUCCACGCCGGCAUCCUGGAGCGCCCCUCUUCUUCCUCUCCCUAG